UGUUACGCCGAGUCGAUAAUAAUCGCGGUGUGCGAUUCCGCGACGGUCUACCGUUCAUAUGUAAACGGUUACGAUUCGAACGGUGCCCCUCGUGUAUAACCCAGUGAACAACGGAUAUAUAGCGCGUUUAUCGGCGCACUGAUCAAACCGCCGGCGAGCUUUCACCGGAGAUACUCUUUCUCUCUCUCUCUCUCUCUGUCUCACUCACUCUCACUCACUCUCUCUCUCUCUCUCUCUCUCUUUAUCUGUCUCUCCCAUACACACACAUAUAAACACACAUAGUCUCUGUCUCUCUGUCUCUUUUGCCGCCCCCAGCCUCCCACCCUCUAUCCCUGCCCCUCUUCCACGCGCGCACCGGCUUACGGUGUGUCGCGGAAUCACGGAACGGAAUAAAAAAAAUUACGCGCGUGAUCUUUGUGCAUUCGUGAAAAGUAUCAGUGUCCGUAAUAGAGAGGCGCGAGUGAUACAAUACUAGAGAGUCGUUGUGGGCCAAGAAUAAUCGUCGUCGCCGUCGUCGCCGUCGUCGCCGUCGUCGUCGUUGUUGCCGUCGUUAUCCGUUGUUGUUCGUGCGUAGCUGGCCGGUUGAUCUGACUGUUCCGUGUCGAGCACGCGCGAAUCCGCCGCCGGCCGCGUGAUAAUAACACAGCGACGAUAGGAAACGCGGCGCGUGAACAGAGAGUCGCCGUCGAGGAGAACACGCACGAUCUACCUCCGACGGGACGAGAGCGAGUUCCGGCGAAGAGGAGGAGAGCGAUCGUUGUUCCGUGUUGUUCCCGCGUGCACCGGCCGACGACAGCAAGCCGAAAGGAGAAACAGAGGGAGAGAGCGAGCGAGCCCGCGGAGAAGGAGAGGACAAACUCGUCGCGAGAAAAUAAAGAAGGACAAAAGGACACACGCCGUGAACGACGUUAAAAGUACACGGCCCGGAGAAAGACGGACAAGAGAGGGACGACGGAAGUUAUUAAGAUUACGAGAUAGAAGAAGAAGAAGGAGGAGGCACGGAGGACAGACGAGAGCGGGAGAAGCGUGACACCGUUCCAACUCGAACUCCAGCCCUGAGAUUUUCGAUUCGUGUGGACGCGCCAUAUUCGCGGCACACACACACACCUGCAUCACUUUCCUACGGAUCCGAACGCCGCGUCAAGUGCCGCUCGGCCAAUUAAGCGAAACUCUCAACGCUAAGCCGAUUUGCCCGAACAUCUUCGAACAUGUCGCUGCUCAGCGUCACGGUGAAGAAGGCGCGGUUCGUCUGCGAGGAAGCGGCGCAGUUCAACUCCUACGUAACACUGAAGCUGCAGAACGUCAAGUCAACGACAGUCACUGUGAAAGGGGCCAAUCCAUGCUGGGAGCAAGACUUUCUUUUCGAAACGAACGACAUGAACACGGGCCUUCUGGUCGAGGUUUGGUGCAAGGGUCUCCUAUGGGAUCGUUUCUUGGGCUACUACUACGUCCCGCUAUCGGAAGUGUCCUACAUGAACGAGGUAACGUCUAAGCAGUCCUACAAUGCAUCCAGCACGGUAUCUCCAGGUCAACAAGAACAACAACAGCAACAACAACAGCAACACAUAACCCCCGACAGCAUGCGCGACACGAACAGCAAUACACAGCCACCAGAUAUCACCAACACGGAGGGCUCCGGACAAUGGGUCAGUCUCGAUCUAGAGCUCGAGAUGAGAGGCGCCGAAAUCAUCGGCACAAAAAAGCCAACCGGGCACUCGCUUCUAAUAGACUGCCGUUUGGAGCUUCCCUUCGGAAAGUGCGAACAACGAACGAGAUGGAAAGCCCUGCUAACGAGUCAAACGGCAAUGCAGUUGCGAGCAGCCCGGCCCAUGUGUGGCUCAGACCCCGAGAACACGGAAGCGGCGGAUCUGCAGAGGAAGCUGGAAAUGCUGAACAACAUGAUGGACCAGGGAGCACGAGCCGAACAGGCACGACGACAGAUAUUGUACAAUAUAGGCCACUCCGGUUACUCGGAGGAUUCGGACUAUACGUCGGACCUGAAUUAUCCAGUAGGCGGACAAGGUGCAAACAGCUCGGCUUCCCAGUUCCGUACCGCUGCCAACCAAUUGGCCACCCCUCAAAGAUCCCUCGAGACCUCGAGAGAAAAUAGCUACGAGAGGGACGAUCAUCAGAUUCCAGCCACGGUUGGGGGACGACUGGCACGGAGUGGAUACGGAAGUUAUGGUGGAUCGGGCCACAGUCCUCGUUAUGACGAACCGUAUCCCGAAGAGGGUCCACCGCAAAGGUAUUCUCAGUCUCAGCACGCUUCAGAAUCUUCCGAGCCACUCUUCUACAAUAGUAGACCAAGACACUAUAAGGAAUACAGACGACGGAAGCACACGUGGGAUUACGAGGACAGCCAAGACGGCUGGUACAGCGAGGGCUACGAGUAUCACGGCAGCACCAGAGUCGACGAGACAAGGAUCUACAGCGACACCGAGUACUAUCCGAGCACCACGACUUCCAUACGAAGAGGUCCUCACAGACGGCCGUCUCUGGAAAGACAGAUGACUUUAUACGAUGAUCAUUCUUACUACGCAGACGGGUACAGUAGCGACGGCAGGGUGGGCAAGAUGAGCGCCACGUAUCCAGAAUGCGAAACGGACAUCAGAUACAAUAAGUACUACGAUAGCAUCACGGGCUACACUUAUCAAGAUGAAAGGUAUGGUCAAGACGACGAAGAUAGACAGUGGGACAGCGGAGGGAAGUGGUAUUUAGGAACUAGUACCUAUUACGAGAAUAAACGGAAUAGAAAAACGCUUCCACAGAGGCCUGCAUCUAGCAUCGGUAUUCAUCGACCCGAUUAUAGACCAACAGUCACCAGACAGCGGAGUUACGAAUCGGACGAACUCAAUUACAGCAGUAGUCACAGUAGUCGUCGUCGGAAGCCGCUUCAGCCGCAGCAACGGCCGCCGUCUCGUCAGGAAGGUACGGGCAAGAAGCUGCCGCCGACGCCGACGAAGCCGAGCAACGUGAUUAUCAGUCGUAAACUUGUCUCCCUACCUGCUACGCCGAGCAGGCAACUGCCAAAGACUAGAACGCCCUCCGAGGAGAGCUACUACAAGUCUGACUACAACGAGGACUAUAAUUACGCUUAUCGCAGCCAAGACAACUUACCUCAGGAAACCUACAUUGACAGCGUGUACACCGAGCAGAGCGGUUACAGUCAGGUACACCCGUCUGCGAAGACCCAGUACGCGGAGGAGAGCCAAUUCGGGUCCAGUUACGCGCCUCAAGUGGACGACCAGUAUAGUCGUUCGUAUCAGGAGCCGCCUACCCAAGACACGUACGAUCAGACGUACGCGGAGAACUCGUACACGGACGAGUACCAAACGCCUUACGUUCAGCCAAACACUCAGGUUUACUCGGAUACGUAUCAGGACAUGACAUAUCCGAACGCCAGCCAGCCGAACGAUCAGUAUACUAGCCAGUUGAACGAUCAAUACGCGAAGCCCGGGGUCCACGACAAUUACCCGACGAUGGGAUACGAGCAGAACAACGUCCAGUAUCAGGACACGAAGAAGACGUACGCGUACAAAGAGGAACCGUAUCAGGAACCGUACGAGGAGUACAGCGCGUCCGCGCCGUCGAGCGUGUACGAUCAGAACAACGUGACCAACGCGUACAACCAGUACCCGGCCGAGAAUUACGACUCGCAGUACAACAUCAACACGUCGACGGGCUAUCAGAACACCUAUCCGGAAACGUACAAUCGGCAGGACACGUACAACCAACAGGAGUCGUACAAGGACACGUACAAUCAGCAAGAGUCUUACAAGGACACCUACAAUCAGCAGGAGCCCUACAAGGAUGGUUACAAUCAGCAGGAGCCGUACAAGGACGCUUAUAAUCAGCAGGAGAGUUACAAGGACACGUAUAAUCAGCAGGAGAGUUACAAGGACACGUACAAUCAGCAGGAGGCGUACAAAGAUACUUACAGCCAGCAGGAAGCAGUGUACAAGGACGCGUACAACCAACAGGAAGCGUACAAGGACGCUUACAACCAGCAGGAAGCGUACAAAGACGCUUACAACCAGCAGGACGCUUACGACACGUACAACCAGCAGGACACCUACAAGGAGGCUUACAGCAAACAGGACGCUUACGGCCAGCAAGACGUGUACAAGGAUGCUUACAACCAACAGGAGGCGUACAAGGAUACCUACAACCAGCAAGACGCCUACAAGGACACUUACAAUCAACAGGAUGCUUACAAAGACACGUACAAUCAACAAGAUACCUACAAAGAUACUUACAACCAACAGGACGCCUACAGCCAACAGGACACUUACAACCAACAGGACGGCUACAGUCAAGAAGACGCGUACAAGCAGGUGCCGGUCACGACUCAAAGCAGUUACGACGACAGUUACGGCAAAGACAAGGACUACGUCGAUUACCAGACGCCGUACAGCGAAGCGGAUACCGUCAGCACGACGUACAAGAACGAGUAUCAGGAACCCUAUCAGGACUAUCAGCAACCUUACGAGGAGCCUUACCAAGAUUCCUACCAAGGUUCCUUCGAGGACUCCUACAAAGAGAGUCCAGCCGCCAGCACGGAGAGAAGACUGAGCGAGGUGCCGGAGUUGUCGGUGACCACGCCGAGGGGUCAGACCAGGACCAACGGCUACCAUUCCGGCGAUUCGGACUACUAUUACACUUCCCAGGAGAGCCAGGACGCGUCGUCGGUCGCUCCGACCAGAAGGAAGAAGCUCGCGAAGCAGGAACCGAGCCCGCUGCUCCAGCAGCACUCUCUGGAGUCCAGGGAAGACGGGCUGAACGAGCCCAUAGAAACUGCCAUCGGUAGCGUCCAACCCAAGCUAGGAAUCGUCGAGUAUCCUGCGGUCAGCGACUCGGUUCCUGCCGCUCCCGUUCUGUCGGACACCCCGGCGACCACCGUGGUGCAGUCCGUGACGUCCAUGGUGAACCACGUGGCGGCGAAUCACGCCACCAGGGUGACCGUGCAGGCGAUGGUGCACACGACCACCACGGCUAACGGCAAGCGACUGGUCAGAACGGACUCGUACCAGGAAGAGGUGAUCGAGGACGAGGAGUACCCGGAGAUCGUACCGAAAGAGCCGCAGAGGAAAGACUCGCAGCUGUCGCAUCACAGCCAGCUCAGCCAGCAUUCGCAGAUCAGCCAACACUCGCAGAAACCGAAACUCACCAGAGGAGACUCGUACGCUUCCGAUCACUUCCCCGACGAGGCGUACGGCAGGAGGGACUCCUACGGCCAGCAGGCCAGGAAGGACUCGUUCUCCUCGGCCACCCAGGAAGGAUUCAAACCGCCGCUUACCAGGACAGACUCGUACCAGAAGAGAGGCAGCUAUGCCCAGAGCUUCACCACACCUCAGCCCAUCUCCAGGGCUGAGAGCUACCAGCGUGGAUAUUUCAAAGACCAGGAGUCCAUCGAGGAACCGGAAGUUCCUAUAGGCACCGCGGUUAGCGACGAAUUUAAGAUGAGAGAGGAUUCUAUGGAGAGAUACGAACGAGAGGAUGAAACGAUACUUCGUGGGUCUCGAGAGGGUUCGUUAGUGGACACGUUCAAGACUACACCACCGAUGUCUCACACCGACAGCCCACGCGGGAGUAUAACGAAGCAGGAGUCGUUAGAAGAAAGCGUUCAGAUGGACACUCCGCCGAGGAGUCCACCGGAACCACCGCCAGACGAAGAACUUCUGGAGAUGGUCGGUGUUGCACCAGUGCCUACGCAACUGAAGGAACGACCAGAGAUGACAGCGAAGCAACGGUGGCAUUGGGCGUACAAUCAAAUUGUCAUGCAGCUGCGGUCUGGUCGUAAAAUGCGGGUGAAAACUAUUUCGAGAAAGGUCAAACGUCACAACGAUAUUCAAGAGUAA